AUGAAUGCGACUUUGAUCUCCAGGUUUUAUCUACUAUUGUCCUUGCUAUAUCUUGUCUUUGCAAAUGCAGAGGCUAAACCAUAUCCUAUAGGAAUUAGCUUUGGGCCAACAUACAUUACUGCUGCCUAUAUCGACUCUACCGGCGAGCCAGUGAUAGUCGCCAGUAUAAAAGGAAGCGAUGAGUAUAUUAAUUUUAUGGCGGACUCGGCGGAAAAUGAAGGGGUAAAAAUUCAGUAUCUGGCGAAAUGGUAUAUUCGGGAUGGUGAAUCCUUUGUUGAAAUCCCACCGGAUCCAAAAAAUAAUCCCGAAGUUGAAGAUAUCUUGACUACGGCCAUACAAAAUAUUAGAAAGGAAAUCACGAACUCCCUGGGAAAGCCCCUCGACAUCACAUCAAUAUCCAUUCCUAACCAUUUCAAUGGCACUUCGGCUGAAAUUGUGACCAAAGUAGCAAUGGCGAAUGAGAAAGGAAUUAUUCGUCCCUGGCAGGUCAGAAGGAAGUUCAACGUUGUGCGACUCGCAUAUGGCCUCAAUUCGUGCGAAGGUUUUGGCCUUGACCCCGACACAUGCGACGAUGAAGACCUAGAUAAUGUCAUGUUUAUUGACUAUAACAAGGCAUAUCUAGAGCUAUUAUUAGCUAGUAUUGGGGAGUUCGGCUGCGGGGCCCUUGACAGUGUCAGGUUAUAUAAACUUGGUGCUAAGAGACUGGAGAGCUCGGAGGAUAGCCUGGAAAAAUAUCAGCACGAGAUACAAGGAGCUAUUCAGAAUUUCAAAGACAAAAACAGCGUGCGCAUUGCAAACUACUCCACUACGGUUGAACUCAUCCUUGCAAUUGUGAUGAGUGGCGAUGCACCAAGACCAGCAUUUCUAAAUAUCCGUGAUGCUAUUACCGCUGUUCUCCCGGAGCACAGGGCCAAGAUUCGAGACUCCGUUGAUCCUUUAUUUACUGAAGCGGUGGGAGCUGCGCACUGGGCAAAACUCCAGGCUCUCAAGCCCGAAAUGCUGCAAGAUUUUAUUGCGGAUAGCAUUCUAGACCAUGAUGAGCUGUAA